CCGGAAGACAUCUUCGCCUCAGCUCCCGGCCUCAUCUUCACUGACGACCUGCGAAACAACCAUGGAGACCCUGGCUCGACUAUCGUGUACAAGAGCAAACGCUUCGGCGACAUUGAGCUAGAAACGGCAGACCCGAGCAUUGAAAGGGAGCGGCAGCUUUUCAGCCACUACCUUUGGAAUGCAGGUAUUAAGCUGGCGGAACUGAUCAGCGAUGAGCAUGCGGACGGUGGGAAGUGGAGUGUGAAUGGUGAAAGAGUGUUAGAGCUCGGCGCGGGCGUUGGCUUGGAUGGCAUAGUGGCGAUACUGGCCGGUGCCGCUGAAGUGGUGAUCUCCGACUACCCAUCGUCCGUGGUUCUCUCCAACCUUCGGGCUAAUGUCAAGCGAGCGGUGCGAGACCGGGGGGUGGAGUCUACUUAUCGCAUUGAAGGCCAUGAAUGGGGCGAGUUCGGCACUGCCUUCGCCAGCGAGCAAAGACACUCGUUUUCGCGCAUUCUAGCGGCUGAUUGUUACUGGAUGCCGGGGCAACAUCAUAACCUGGUACUUUCAAUGUUGCAUUUCCUGACGGUAGACCCUCGAGCUAGGAUCUUCGUUAUCGCAGGGUUCCAUACCGGACGUGCAAAGCUGGCCGCUUUCUUCGACGUAGCACUGGCGGAGGGUCUGAAUGUAGAAGAGAUUUAUGAGGAGGAUGCGGAAGGGAUCCAACGUGAAUGGGCAAGCGAGCGGGAUGGCGGGCGUGAAGAUCAUACAGAGCGGAAGAAGUGGCUGGUAAUUGCUAGACUAAAACGG